GAUUGUAAAUUCUCUAAACCUGAAAGACGCGCUUUUGUGUUUAGUUUGGAAAAACUGGUCUGUGCAAUGGAGAAACCGAAGUAUUGUAAUUCUUUGUAUAUUGACACCCUCUUUAUUCAUAGUAGUCCCAACAAUUAUACGUUGCAUGGUUGAAUGUGAAAAAUUUCCAAGCAUCGUAUAUGAUAACGUAAACUUGGUGGAUUCUUGGACAAAUAUAGUGAAUGAACUAUCAAAUCGAAGGGAAAAAUAUUUUAGUUCCACCAAGAGUUCGGAUUUUAAUGUGUAUGUCCCACAAAUGAUUAUUGCUUUCGCACCUAAUAACUCCGUAGCAAUUGAAAACAUUAUGAGUUUCACAGCACCGAUUUUAAAAGGUAUGAAAUUAAUUGGAAUUGAAUCAUGCGAUCUUCUUCGUGAAAGGAUGGAAGCUGAAUACUUCUUUGCUGGUGCCUGCUUUGAUGACGAUUUUGUUAAAUUGAAAACAAGUGUUGAUGGUAGUCAUAUUUUACCAUAUCACCUUAAUUAUACUCUGGUAUUUCCAAGCGAACUACGUAUUUACAAUGACACAUACAUGAGUUCCAACUGGCAUACAAAUCACUUAUUUAAUUUUUUAAUGCCACCUUCCGAACGAAUUGGAAAAGAUAAUACUGGCGGUUAUGUUGGAUAUGUCCGUGAAGGCUUCAGUGCUCUUCAACAUGCUAUAUUUGUGGCAUAUCUGAAUUUACAUGUAGAUUUGUUAUAUAAGGAGUACUGGUACGUGAGUAACAAAAUUAUAAGCAAUUUAAUGAUUCGUCGAUUUCCGCAUAGUGACUAUAUAGUUGAUAAGCUUAUCGAUAAGAUGGAAGAUAGUUUACCUCUUCUAAUCGCAAUGUCGUAUUUAUUACCCAUAACGGUUCUUAUAAAGCAUAUAGUUGAAGAAAAAGAGAACAAUUUACAAUCGAUUCUCAGAAAUAUGGGAGCAUCACAUGGACUACAAUUAAUUGCCUGGUUUAUUCUUGGUUUUUUCCAGUUAAUAUUAUCAUCCAUAAUAUUGGUGACUAUUAUAAAGAUACCAUGGAAUGACGGACACGGAAUUUUAACCAACAGUUCAUGGUCAGCACUGUUGGUUCUUAUGUUCUUCUAUGAUUUAGUUGCAACAGCAUUUGCAAUAUUCAUAUCCAUAUUUUGUACUGUUACAAGAACUGCAAUUAUUAGUUCAACUAUUAUCUGGACACUCACAUUUUUUCCACAUGCAAGCUGUUUGAUUAAAUACACCAACAAGAUGUUAACUAAUGUAUUUAUUUUCCUGUUUCCUAACACAACAUUUGGUAUGGCUGUUGAUAAUGUGCUUUCUUUCGAAGUAUUUGGCGGUGGUUUUCAUUUCCAUCAUUACUUUGAGGUAUACACAUUGGAAAUACCAUUUUCCACUGGUUUUCUUAGUGUCAUUAUGGUGUUUCAAAGUAUUGUAUACAUUGUUAUGGCAAUAUAUAUUGAAAAGUGGAUUCCUGGAAAAAUCGGAGCAGCGAAACAAUGCAAAUUACCAUUCAUAUGUGGUUCAGAAAAUGUACGUACAUCUAGGAUUGCAAAUAAGCGUGUAACUAGGGUCAUCGAGGUAGACGCCUAUCAGCAAACAGUACUGUCUGUAGAGAAUGUGAGUAAAAAUUAUGAUAAUCAAUAUAUUGUGAAGAAUGUUUCAAUAAAUUUAUAUGAAAAUGAAACCGCCAUUCUAAUGGGUCAUAACGGCAGUGGCAAGACUACUCUGUUGAAAAUGAUUGCGGGUUUACUUACUCCAAGUAGAGGGGAUAUAGUAAUAAAUGGUUACAAUACUAAAUAUCAUACACAUGCAUUUCUGGGAGUUGGUGUUUCAAUUCAUGAAAGUAGUCUGUUUUCAAAUUUAACUGUAAAAGAUCAACUCUUAUUUUUCUGCCGUAUGAAAAACAUAGAAUAUGCUGAAUGUAAGCAGCAGGUUAGAAAGUAUCUCGAAUCUACGCCAUUACUUAAAAAUUUAAAUUUUUACACUGAUACCUUAAGUAUUGGAUUAAGACAUAUUUUAGCGUUGUGCUGUGCGCUAAUCGGUGAUAGUAAAUUUGUUGUUCUCACUGAUCCAUUCGAGGGUCUAGAUAACCUCAGUCGAAGACAUGCGUGGAAUUUAUUAUUACGUGAAAGACCUAACCGAACUUUGCUUAUCGCAACAAAUUCCUACGAAAUUGCAGAAUCGUUUGGUGAUCGUAUUGCUAUUAUGGGUGAUGGAGAACUUCGAUGUGUGGGCACGGCGAAUUUUCUAAAACAGGUCUACUGCUCUGAUUUUCGUUUAAACAUACUUAGCGGUGAACAUUUUCAAAUAGACGAAUUGACGAAAGUAUUACAAAAAUAUAUACCAAAUAUUGAACCCGAUUAUGCACUCGGAAAUAAAUUAUCAUAUGUAUUAGACGAAAAAUACUUAAUUUUAUUUGACGAUUUAAUUGAUGAAAUUGAAAAAAAAUCAUUUGAACUUAGUAUUAUUACUAUAGAACUUAUUGAACGGUCUUUACGUGAUGUUUUUGUUCAACUUGGUGCAGAUGAUGCAAGUUUUGAAAAUCCCGCACGCCAUCAACAAAUUUUAAAAGGCAUUUCUAAAGACUUAAGUGAAUCAGACCCAAUUCAGCUAUUUAAGAAAUACGAAAGGUUGAAAAGUUACAAACUCAAGCUUAGUCACUGGCGUGCCUAUUUGUACAAACGCUUUAAGUAUGAAUUUCAGCAUACGACUACAAUUGUUCUCAUGCUGCUUUUACCUAUCAUCUAUAUCCUGGUAUCUUUUACGCUACAACAAUUAAGUUUGGAUGGAUAUUACUUGAAUCCAAUGACUUACAAAUUAGAUCAAUAUCUUAGUAGCGUUACUGCAAUAGAAACAGAGGGAUUAGUAGAAAAUUCGGCAGAUAUUGAAUAUCAACAAAUAAUAUUUGCGACUUCUUACCCACAUGUAGCACAUGUGAUCUCUGUGCCAUUUGAAACGUACAUAAUGGAACACUUGAAUUCAAAAGCAACAAAUGUGAAUGAGAAAUAUUUGAUGGCCGCAACAUUUGGAGAAUAUUUAAUAGUUUGGUUUAACAACCACCCCCUUCAUACCGCGCCAAUGUCUUUGAGCUAUAUGCAGAAUGCUAUUGCUAAACAAUUAUUGGGAGAGAAUGUAUUCGUCGAAAUCAGUUUCGCUCCUUUGCCGAGCAGUAACAAACACAAGGAGCUGUUGAUCCAUUAUCCCUUUACACUUAAAAUGGUCAUGGCGCUAUGUAUAUCAUUUUGUCUCUCAUUUCUGUGGUCAAUUUCAAUAAUAUUUGUGAUCAAGGAGAGAGUAACAAAAUUUCGUCUCUUACAAUUCAUCGCGGGUGCAAAAAAAAGUUCAUUUAUUUUAUCCGCGUUCUUCUAUGAUGUUUUAAUUGUAUUUGUUACCUCAUUUAUAACAGUUGUUACAUUGAUAUUAAUUGAACGUGAAAGAUUCGCUGAGAUCAAUUUUAUAAUGGCAUAUUUUGUUACAUUAAUAACAGGUGGAAUAUGUGUCAUCUCGAUGAACCAUGUACUCGCGAAGUUCUUUAAGGAUCCACUUAUUGCUUUCUGUAUUGUUAUUUCAAUCCACUUCUUUGGAAUAACAAGUUUUGCUACGUUCGCUGACAUUUUCUACAAUCAUUAUGAUGAACUUUUCUACACAACUAAUCGUUUAGAAGGAUUCCUUUUAAUGUUGCCCCUUUUUACACAAUGUAGCGCAUUGACUUCGAUAUUUUUAAUAUACGAUAUGUCGAUUUUGUGCCGUGAUCAAAUUAUUAACAAAAUUUCAAUAGACGUAGAGAAUUGCAAAAUUAUUCCAAAUUGUUGUAUUGAGUAUACAGUCUGGAACUUUCAAUAUGGCAUUCUUUCCAAAAUUUGCAUACUACUAGCCAUAACCUUAUCAUUUUGGAUUUUACUGUUUCUAAUGGAAAAUAUAAAAUUAACUAAAAUAAUUAAUUGGAAAAAUAAAUCUUUUAAGAAUAUAUUAAGUAAAUCUAGUUCUGAACAAUACAAAUAUACACACGGCUAUUACAAAAAUUUCAAAGUAGACGAAGAGGUCAUCAAUGAACAGUUGACUGCUACAAAAACGAACAACUAUGAAAUGCGCAAAAAUCCUUUAACAUGUGGCUUUAUUUCGAAAGUAUAUCAUAAGAAGGCUGUUAUAAAUGGAAUCAGCUUAACACUUUCAGCGAACGAAUGUGUAAGCGUACUAGGUGUUAAUACCUCAGGGAAAUCAACUUUACUUCAAUUACUGGCCGGAGAAGUUGAUGCAGAUAACGGCUUUAUUGUAGUGAAAGGAUAUUCCUUUACUUAUGAACAGGACGAAGCCUUUAAACAUAUUGGUUAUUUUCCCCAAAAAUCACAUCUUUUAAAAGAGUACAAAGUAAAGGAAUUUUUAUAUAUCAUAUGUCUGUUACACGGCAUUCCCAUAAAUGAGAUCAAAACUACAUACGAAGAUUUGGCUAAAGCGUUGGGUAUUUAUGAUUAUCUAAAUAAAAGUAUUGGUAUUAUCUGCAAAGGAGUUGAAAGACGCGUGUGUUUACUUAUAGCAAUGUUAGGCAAUACAUCAUUAGUUUUGUUUGAUCAUCCUACCCUUUCUACAGACCCAACAGCUGCACGAAUUAUAUGGAAUGUUAUCUUGCAGUUAAAAAAUAGUGGAAAAGCCUGUGUUAUAGCAACAAAUGAUAUACACGAAUCAAUUGUUUUAAGCGACAGAGUUGCUAUACUUAGCACGCUUGGAUUUUUCUAUAGUUUAACAACUCUACAAGGUAUUCGUGAUAAAUUUGUUGACGUUUAUAUGCUUAGAGUGACUAUGAAAAAUAUUACACACAUUGUACCGGCUCUAGUAGUUCGAAGAAUGAGUAAGCUCAAAAAAUUCGUUCAAAACAAAUUCCCAACCGCAUUUAUAUUUGAUUCUGGGUCAAAUUUUCUUGUUUACAUCAUUCCUGUCGAUGAAAAUAUAAAACUGUCAACCAUAUUUAAAGAAAUGCAGACAAAUGCUCCUAUUCUAAGUAUUGAGGACUUCUUGAUAAAGAAAUGUCCUUUGCGACCUCUUUUUAGGCACCUUAUGAUAAAAGCUAGUGAAGAUUAUUUGAGACCAUAAACAUUAUAUUGAAUCUUGUAAUUAUUUUCUCACAUUAAAUUUAAUAAUAAUUAAAUA